AUGUCCAAACAGAAGCUGCAGCUGCGAGCUACGCUCCGCGAUGAGGGCAAGAGCUGGGAGCGGGUCGGAACGAGCCUCCUCAACUCCACCGUCUGGGACUUUGGAACAUCGGUGGGCAUGCGCGAUCUGGCUGCUUUGCACGGCUACUUGUUCUCCUAUGGAGGGAAGACGUGGCGGAGCAACCAACAGACGGCCUUGACCCUGAGUGCAGCAGGCGUCCGAGAUGGUGAUUUGGUGGAGUUUGCCGGCGACUUUGAGCCGGUGGCGGGCGACGAGAGGCCUGCGACCGCGAGCGCGGCCGCCGACGGCGCGGACGGCGCCGAGGCGCCCGCCGAGGCCUCUGCAGAAGCACCUGCCGAUGCAAAAGACGCAGGCAGCAGGGCUGCCAGUGCCGCUGGCAGUGUGCGGGCCACGACGCCGGGCACGGAGGGUGCAAAGGGUGCCCGAGCCCCCGAGGGUGUCGCUGCGGACCCGACGAGCGAGAGCGGGCCAGUCCCUGAUGCCGUCCGCGCACCCACCCCGCUCCCCAAGGCUCAAAUUCGGGUCACGCUGAUCGAUCACAAGAAGCGACAGCGCGAAUGCAUUGGCAGGGCUUCGCUGGACACCUGCGUUUGGAACUUCGGUGUGUCUGUGGGUAUGGACCACUUGACAACGCUGCAUGGUUACGUGCUCACGUAUGCGGGAGAGACCUGGCUCAGCAACCAGCAUCCGACCCUUACCUUGAAGGAGGCAGGCGUGCAGGACGGCGACAUGGUAACCUUUGCCGGCGACUUCGAACCCGUGUAUCUGCAUGUGACCCUGGUGGACAAAGAGGGGAGCCGCCAGCGGUUUGGGAAGGCGUGCCCCUUGACGUCUGUGUGGCUCCUCGGUGAGCUCUUGGGUCUCCGCACCAUGGAAGGCCAGGUCGUGCCAGGAUUUGGCUUUACCUUCAAGAAGGAUGGUGGGCCCACCUGGAGGAGCAAGACGUAUCCCAACCUCACACUAGCUGCGACGGCCGUGAAGAGCGGAGACUGCGUUGAGUUUGCCAUUGAGACUCCGCCCGAGCCGCCGGAGGAGUAA